CACUACUGGGUCGGAACAAAGUUGCUUUGGGCAGACAUUCAGACCGCACGGAACUUGGUCGGCCGUACCUUGGGCGGAUCUGCCUUGACAAGGCGUGAACGCAAGCAAUUGUUACGCACGGUCACUGAUUUGUUUCGCCUCGUUCCUUUUAGCAUGUUCAUUUUAAUUCCUUUCAUGGAAUUUGCUCUACCGUUUGCCUUAAGAAUUUUUCCCAAUUUGUUGCCUUCCACCUUUCAAGAUUCGCUUAAAGCGGAAGAGAGUAUGAAGCGAGAACUACAAUCACGCAUUGCCAUGACGCAGUUCUUUCAAGAGUACGUAAAAGGGAUUUUUUUCUCAAUUUUGGUCUGGCAGGCUUAUUCAGCGGCCAAACUCCUCGUGUUUUUGGAGAAUGCCCGAAAUGGCGAACCAGUGCCUCCGGACGUGAUUAUUCGUUACGCCAAUUAUUUUCACGAUGAUUUGACCCUUGACAAUAUGCCCCGUAUGCAGCUGGUAAACCUGUGCAAAUACAUGUCCAUCGCACCUUACGGUUCAGAUGCGUUCCUGCGCUUCCAGCUCCGUCAUAAGAUUCGAAUUCUCCGGGAGGAUGAUCAGCGAAUCCUGUGGGAGGGUAUUGGUUCCCUGACCAAGAUGGAAUUGCGCGAAGCCUGCCAAGAGCGAGGCAUGCGGUCAACAGGUUUGAGCAAAGAUGCCUACAAGCGAGCUUUGCAAGAAUGGCUAGAUUUGAGUGUCAACAAGAAUGUCCCGAUUUCGCUUUUGAUUAUGAGUCGA